AUGACUUUUCCUUUGGAGAUUCUUCAGACCAUCGUUGGAUUUCUACAGGAUGAUCAGGACGAACUUGCAAGACUGUGUCGUGUUUCGAGAGCGUUUUAUUGUCUAGCCGCACCAUAUCUCUACUCAUCGCCAAUGUUUUCUACAAUACACGGUUUUAUCUCCUUUGCACGGCACCUUACCAAAGACAAUGCACGCCAUGUACAAUAUAUUGAAUUGCAAUCGGCUAACAAUCGCUGGAAGAAAUCAAUAGGGCCUGCCCUCCAGCGAGUUGCUGCAUUGCACCCUCCGGUGGAGGUAUUAGAUCUCGAGCGAUGCAAGUUUACAGCAAGUGAUAUGAUUGGCGUGGUGCGGAACUUACCGCAGGUUCGCCACGUCAAUAUGCACUUUGCGUAUUAUGUGGACGACGACAUGAUGCGGUUAAUUGGACAGAGCUGGCCGAAUCUGACUACACUAAAGAUAUCCUCGACGCCGAUUACGAACGAUGGGCUGGUUGCUCUUGGACAAUGCAAGAGUCUGGAGACGCUGUUUAUUGACCGGUGUUUGAUGAUCAAUGAGACCGGAUUACUCGGAUUGGCUGACAAGGCAAAGAGUCUAAAGAGAGUCGUGGCCAGAGCAUGUACUGAUCUAGUUCUACAGCCUCACGACGAGGAAUUGAUGAAGAAGAAGAUCGGAUUAGUUUUGACAGACAAAGAUUAUGCUGAGAGUGGAAUCGAUGACAUGUUUGACAAUAUCAUCUUGUAA